UUUCCCUCCCCUUUCUCCCUCUGUCUCUCCAUCAAUACUCAACACUCCUCCCACUCUUUCCUUCUUUCUCUCUGAUUUUCUCCAGAGACUUUCAGUGUUUGAACACCACAUUGUUCUUACCGCUUGGCCCUCCACUCAAAAAAAGAGAAACACAGAAGCCAUGUUUCCCCUACGUGUCACCGUCCUCUUAAUUCUAUCCAACCUUGCCCUGUGCCAGUAUUAUGAUUACGACUACCAGCCUGUUUCCAUGCUUGGACCAUCAGGGCCAAACUGCAAUCAAGAAUGCGAUUGCCCAAUCAAUUUUCCAAGCGCAAUGUAUUGUGAUAACCGCAAGCUUAAGUUUGUCCCUAUAGUUCCAUCUGGCAUCAAGUACCUGUAUCUCCAGAACAACCUCAUUGAAGAGAUAAAGGCUGGAGUUUUUGAUAAUGUUACUGACACCCUGCGCUGGCUGGUGCUUGAUCAUAAUAUGAUAACCAAUGCUAAGAUAGAGAAAGGCACAAUCGACAAACUAUCGGCCCUGGAGAAGUUCUUCUUCAGCAACAAUGAAAUCACAGAGGCAAUUAUCCCUCCAUCAAAGUCCCUUGAAGAGCUGAAGAUGAUGCACAACAAGUUGUCCAAGUUUCCCUCUGGACGCUUGACUGACAUGGAGAAUUUGACCUCUAUUAGUCUUCAGCACAAUGAGCUGACUUCUGAGUCCAUUGCAGAUGCAUUCAAAGGGCCAAAGAAGCUGUUGUCAUUGGACCUGAGUCAUAACAAGCUGAAGAAGCUGCCGGCAGGAGUCCCUACUUCACUGGAAAUACUCUAUGCUGAUUAUAAUGAGAUUGACAAAAUCGGAGCAGGGUAUCUGAAAAAGCUUCCUAACCUUCGUUACCUGAGGGUUUCCCACAACAAACUGCAGGAUUCUGGGAUUCCCUCUGGAGCUUUAAAUGUGACUUCACUCGUGGAGCUGGAUCUUUCAUUCAACAAACUGCAGUCAAUCCCUGAGAUCAACGAGCAGCUGGAGCAGCUCUAUCUCCAGGCCAAUGAGAUUAGCAAGUUUGACUUGGCGAGUUUCUGCAAGUUCACUGGACCCCUGAACUAUUCACGCCUCAAACAUCUGCGUCUGGAUGCCAACAACAUCACACACAGCGACAUGCCUGCUGAAUCCGCAAACUGCCUGCGUCAAGCUUCCGAUAUCAUGUUUACCACGCUUAAUCAUUUCCCAACGAAGGACGCUACAAAGAGAAACUUUGAAGAAUUAAAGGUUGACAUGGCUACCCUCCAGGAGCUUUUCAGUAUUUUGUGCCUGAUAACUCUAGUUGUCAGCCAGGACAUGCCUUACGAGGAACUUCUUGCCCAGAUCCAAGCCUGUCCAAAGGAGUGCAGCUGUCCCCCAAACUUCCCCCGUGCAGUGUACUGUGACAACAAAGGGCUAAAGAGCUUCCCUAAAAUCCCCCCCUACACAUGGUAUCUCUAUCUGCAGAAUAAUCUACUUGAAACAGUGCCAACAGAUGCGCUGCAGAAUGCAACGCAGCUGCGCUGGCUGAACCUAAACCGCAACAAAAUUACAAGUGACGGAGUAGACAAAGGUGUCCUGGGUACAAUGAAACACCUGGCUCACCUAUAUAUGGAUGAUAACCUGCUGUCCACUAUACCAUCUCCACUCCCAGUCAGCCUUGAGCACUUACGUCUCUCUCGCAAUCGCAUCUCCAAAAUUCCUGCUGGAGUGUUUGUUGGUAUGGAUAAGGUAAAUUUGCUAGAUCUCCAGGGGAACAAGCUGAUGGAUGAUGCUGUCACUGAAGUGAGCCUAAAAGGUCUUACCAACCUGGUUCAAAUCAAUCUUGCUAAGAACCAGCUCAGUAAUAUGCCCCUUGGACUGCCACCCACAACCACCCAGCUUUUUCUAGAUGGUAACAACAUUGAAAAAAUUCCUGCUGACUACUUCAAAGGUUUGCCAAAAAUGGCUUUUCUAAGGCUCAACCACAACAAACUUGGCAGCGGUGGUGUUCCAAAAGAUAUUUUUAAUAUCUCCAGUAUGCUGGACCUACAACUGUCUCACAAUCAACUGACAGAAGUCCCAUUCAUUCCGUCAGGCCUUGAACACCUUUACCUGGACCACAACAAGAUUGCAAGUGUGAAUGGCUCCUCAGUAUGUCCCAUCUCUUUUGAUUCUCUGGAUGACUCCGUGAAUGAAAGUCUGCCAAAACUGCGUUAUCUCCGACUGGAUGGCAAUGAGAUCAGUCCACCAAUUCCCAGGGAUGUGGUCAUGUGCUUUCGUCUCCUUAGGUCUAUUGUUAUCUAACCACAAAGCAACUACGUAAAUGUUGCAUGCUAAUUUGGUAAUUCACAACUAUUGAAAGGACGUUGAUGUUUUUCCAAUAUAUGAGAAUUGCAAAGUUUAAGCUAACAUCAAGUUUUUCAUUGUUACAUCUUGGGAAGCCUUUGAAGUGGAACAGGAAUUAAAUCUAAAAGAAACACACUGAUCAAUAGUUGUUCUUGAUAUAAAAUUUGCUGACCACUAGUUGUGCCUUAUGUCAGUGAAAAAUAAACUGUGUGUAGACUUCUAAACUUAAAGAUAGUACAGUCUAACAAGUGUAAAUAAAUACAGGAAGCAAACUGUAUGUGUUAAUGGAAUGUCUAGAGAUUUCGGACUGAUUUUUUUAAAUUGCAAAAUCUCCAUAUUCUUAUUUUUCUUUUGCUAUUUUGUAUUUGUAGGCAGAGGCUAAAUAAACAGUCCUGUGUUAAAGGUUUUUAUUUUUAUUUGCUUAUAAUAAGAAACUGUCUCCUUUAAAUAUGUAUAAAUAUAUAAAGUUGGUAAUUUAUUUGUAUUUAAUAUUGGGAAAAGGUGAGUAGAAUACUGUGAAUACUCAAGGCCAACAAUGCUUAUUGUUUUGCAUACCAACAAUGUGAAUUAUGCCAACUUUUUUUAUCCUGGUCUUUUUUUUCCUGAAUACACCGAGCAGGAGGUUCCAUUUAAAUUCUGAUAAAUACAAAUAAAACAUCUCAAAAUAAUCAUGUCAUACCAUGUGA